ACUCAGCACUCCUCCCUCUCAAACAUUUAAAACCCCCACAAAGACCAGUCCAACUGACACACCCAUCACUCCUCCAAACUCUGCCGCCAAAUCACUCUCCACACCCCCACCACCGCCUCAACCCAAUUCCAAUGCCAACAAACAACCCUACCUCCUCAUCCCUCAAUUAAAAUCAACCCUUCAACUUCAUUGCAGCAUAUCAUCAACCACCUAACCACACAAACAAUGGCGUCUUCUCUCUCAAGAAGAUUCUCACUCGGCAGCCCGCCCCAACCAGCCGCCACGUCGUCUUCCCCGGAUCUGAAGCAGCGAGUCAUAACCUGCCUCAACAAGCUCGCGGACCGUGACACUCUGGCCAUGGCCACCGCCGAGCUCGACGCCAUUGCCAGAAACCUCUCCCACGACUCCUUCGCUACCUUCCUCAUCUGCAUUCACAACACCGACUCUUCCUCCAAGCCACCCGUCCGCAAGCACUGCGUUUCUCUCCUCGCUCUACUGUCCAACUCCCACGGAGACGUUCUGGCUCCCUUUUUGUCCAAGAUGAUCUCUACCGUUCAGCGCCGCCUCCGCGACCCCGACUCCGCCGUCCGAUCCGCUUGCGUCGACGCCGUCGCCGCGAUGUCGUCUCAGAUCACGACUCCGUCGUUUUCUUCGGCGUUUUUAAAGCCAUUGAUGGACACGCUGGCGAUGGAGCAGGACUCUAAUUCUCAGAUCGGCUCCGCGCUGUGCCUGGCCGCCGCGAUCGACGCCGCGCCCGACCCUGACCCGGCGCAGCUGAAGAGGAGCUUGGCGCGGCUGGGGGAGCUGGCGAAGAGCGAGAGUUUCAAGGCGAAGGCAGCGCUUCUGGUGCUUGUUGGGAGCAUUGUCGGCGCCGGCGGCGCGUCGAACCGCGGCGUGUUGGACUGGCUUGUGCCGUGCGUAGUUGAGUUUUUGAGUAGUGAGGACUGGGCCGUGAGGAAGGCCGCGGCUGAGGCGCUUGGGAAGGUGGCCUCGGUGGAGAGAGAUUUGACGGCGAUGUAUAAAGCUUCGUGUUUGAAUGUCCUGGAAAGUCGGAGAUUUGAUAAGGUGAAGGUAGUCCGGGAGACUAUGAACCAUACAUUGGAGUUGUGGAAGGUUCUUAUUGCAGGAGAUUCCGAAGAGAAUUCUGCUCCAAUUCAAUCCAGAUCUUCAACUGAUAAUGGGUUUGGUCGAUGCUUUCCUCCCAUUUCCAAAAGUUCCGAUGAUUCCAGUUUUAGGACUCCUCAACCAAAGAAAACAGUCCCCACCACAAACAGGUCCCCUCCAUCCGAUGGUUCUUUGGUGACCACAGCUAAAAAAGGAAACGAGAGAAAAUCAGAAACAUCCUUGUUCUCUAAGCAGGACCACAAGAAACCCUCUGAUUGGAAAAUAGAAAUCGCAAUGCCCAACUCUCCCUCUUCAAAGCUGGCCCAUAUGGAUGAUAUUCUAAGGAGUGACUCUGGAGAUCCGGAAGCAGGAAAGAAUGAGCACAUUGGAAAUAACAUGCCAGAAACUAAACGCGUUCUCUUCAGUAAGAUCCAUGAUGAAAAAGUACACAAAUUUGGUGGUUUAAAAUCUGGGUCUCGUGUGGUUCCAUUUAAUGAGGAUGAGAACUUUGACUCAGAUGUUGUAGUCAGCAAUGCUGCAGAAGAAGUUUAUGAGAGCCAAAAGGAUGCUGAAGAUCUCAAUUUGAUCCGUGAACAACUUAUUCAGAUUGAAAACCAGCAGUCCAGUCUAUUAAACCUUCUCCAGAGAUUUAUUGGGAGCUCUCAGAGUGGGUUGAACUCUCUUGAGACACGUGUGCAUGGCCUUGAGAUGGCACUGGAUGAAAUAUCAUACGAUUUGGCCAUAACAAGUGGAAGGAUUCCAAACACUGAAUCUGCAGAUAACACAUGCUGCAAGCUGCCUGGUGCAGAAUUCUUGAGUUCCAAGUUCUGGCGUAGAACUGAUGGGCGGUGUUCUACUGCAAGGCUCUCUUCUGGAACCAUGCCCUCACUCAAUGCUAUUCCUAACAUACCUAAUAGAGAUAACAGUGCUGAAUCAUGUGCGUUUGACAGUGAAAGAUUUCAGCACCAAAGUAGGGGUGCAUUUACCGUUAACUCAGUGGCAGAAAUUCAUGAUGCCCAAAGGUUGAAUACAAGGCACUAUCCAGACAAAACACCAAAGACCAUAGUCCGAGAUGCUGAGAGGGUUCAAGCUUGCAAUGCCAGUCGGCUUGGGAUUUCACCAAUUACGUCUAUAGCAUCAAGGAACCCGAGUAGAAGAUCAUCCGCCUAAGAUAGAAGAAUCAUAGAAUUGUUUGAAGUGGAAAAUGUUUGAUGAUUGAUGGAUCAAUUUCUCAGUAGAGAGAGACAAGCAUCAUGGGGGCAUGGAAAGACCUGAAGACAUUAAAUUGAAUGCCGAUCAAGUGUUUAUAUAUGUAGGUGCGCAUAAUUUAUGAAAUUUCUAAUUCAAUGUGGCA